CAAUCGGUAGGUACACCAUUUCUUAGGUAGUACCGUAGGUAGAUAGAUACUUAGUCAGUUGUUGCGAGUGCCUUUUCUUUCUUCGUCCUGACUUUUGAAUACGAGGUGUUUAAAACACUUUUGCAAUACAAAACGGCAAGUGGUUCCACCGACAUCAGACCAGAUGGAUUGAUUCAACUUUACUUGUUCUUCCCACCUGCGAUUGACCGAUAGAUACCCAUAUUCCACCUAGUUGUAUGGAAGCCGAGGCCCAAAUUCAUGACUUGGUAUAAUUAGCUGAACAACCAACACCUCCCACACACCACUCGUCGUACGUCAAGUCACGCAGACACGCAGACACGCCGAGAUGCCCGGCUCGUCGCGGAUGCCCGUCAGCUUGCGGGAGAGCUUAGAGAAGGUCAAGCGUGCGCGCCCGACGAAUACACUGCAGUCCCUACAAUUUAUCAAUCUCGAUUUGUUUCGUAACAUCGUUUUCUUUUUCUUCGUCCUCCGCAUAAUCCGCCGCACCUUCUGGAAGCUCAAGGGCCGGGGUAUAAUUGGUACUAUCGUCGAGCUAUACACCGAUGCCCGUCGCAUAUUAUACGGCUACUUCCUCCGCGCCCCGGGCGUCCGGACCCAGGUGCGCAAGCAGAUCAACGACUCGCUGGCAAAGGUUCAGGCCAAGAUGAUCCCCACGACAGGGUCACGGUACUUAGCAUUGCCGAAAGAAGGGUGGGCAGAUGAGGCGCUACACAAGGAGCUCGAGACGCUCGCCAACAUGGAUCACACGAGGUGGGAGGACGGAUUCGUGUCUGGCGCCGUUUACCAUGGCGAAGAAGACUUGCUGAAGCUACAGACUGAGGCGUAUGGCAAAUUCACCGUAGCAAACCCCAUACAUCCAGAUGUCUUCCCCGGCGUCCGCAAAAUGGAAGCUGAAGUCGUUGCCAUGGUCCUCUCCAUGUUCCAUGCGCCACCCACAGGCGCCGGCGUGUCCACAAGCGGUGGUACCGAGAGCAUCCUCAUGGCCUGCUAUAGCGCACGACAGAAAGCCUAUGUUGAGCGAGGCGUAACAGAACCAGAGAUGAUCCUACCAGAAACCGCACACACAGCAUUCCGUAAGGCAGGCGAUUACUUCAAGAUCAAGGUCCACCUGGUGCCAUGCCCGGCACCUACACAUCAAGUAGACGUCCACCGUGUAUCACGGCUCAUCAACUCCAACACAAUCUUACUCGUAGGGUCAGCGCCUAACUUCCCCCAUGGUAUCAUGGACGAUAUCUCAGCCUUAUCCAAGCUAGCCCUCAAGCGCCGUCUACCUUUACACGUAGACUGCUGUCUGGGAUCUUUCCUCGUUCCCUUCCUCGAAAAAGCCGGCUUUGAAACCGAGCCGUUCGACUUCCGCCUCAAGGGCGUGACAUCUAUCUCAUGCGACACGCACAAAUACGGCUUCGCACCCAAGGGUAACUCAACCGUGCUAUACCGCACGCAGGAGCUGCGCACAUACCAGUACUUCGUCUCGCCCGACUGGUCCGGCGGCGUCUACGCAUCCGUAGGCAUCGCCGGCUCUCGCCCCGGCGCCCUGAUCGCAGGGUGCUGGGCAAGCAUGAUGAAAGUCGGGGAGACGGGAUACGUAGACGCCUGCGUCAAGAUCGUCGGGUGCGCGAAGAAGAUCGCAGAGCACGUCGCGCAAUCCCCGUCACUAGCCGCAGAGCUCGACCUCGUCGGCCGACCCCUCGUCUCCGUCGUCGCCUUCACCGCGCGCAACCUCAACAUCUACGACAUCGCCGACGGCAUGUCCACCAAGGGCUGGCAUCUCAACGCCCUGCAGAACCCGCCCGCGAUGCACAUCGCCGUCACCAUGCCCAUCACCAAAGUCUGGGAGCGCCUCGUCGCGGACCUCGAGACCGUCAUCGAGGCCGAGCGCGAGAAAGAGCGCGUCCGCGCCGUCGAGGGUAAAGGCCCCAGGGGCAAAGCCACGGGCGACACGGCGGCGCUGUACGGCGUGGCGGGAUCCCUGCCGAAUAAGGCCGUUGUCGUCGAUCUGGCGACGGGUUUCUUAGAUCUCAUGUAUAAGGCAUAAAUAACUCCUGCAUUUGAUAUUUUUGCCGUGUACUUUGUUCUU